AGAGGUUAAUUUGUCUGGUCCUCAAGGUCAUCGCAAGGGAGUAAAAUGUCGUUUUUAAAGAAUUGUAGGGUUUUAAUGAAAAGUUACUGUCCAGAUAAUGUUGAAUCGUUGCAACAGUUUAAUGUGGUCCUAGAAAGUCGGUUUGUCAAGGGGGCUUUAUUGUUUGACUCGGGUGCUAUCGCUCAUAUAAGUCCUUUGGAGUUUGAUCUUCGAAAAUACCAGUACACAAAGGCUGUAGACGCCUAUGCCUGUCUUGGCGUUUUAGUACCUCCAAUUCCUCCCACUGCAGAUUCGAAUAUCUUUGCUCCGCAUUCCUUUCUUGUCAUGGUUACUGGAUGCACUUCCGUGGGGAAGCUCCCAUCGUUUGAGGUUUUCCGCAUCACUAACGUACAGUUUAUUAACCUGAAAUUUCAAGGGGCUGAGGAGGAUUUUUAUCCUGAUCUCCGCAAACUACUUUCAUCAGGAAUGUUUUACUUCGCCCGAUCAAUUGUCGAUGGUACACCUUAUGAUUUGACUGUAAACAUUCAGAAUCGAAGUCGCCUAGGUGAUGAGGUUUUGAGCAUAAGUGACAUUUACUCCCGAGGUGAUACUGGAGUUAACUUUCUGUGGAACAAAGGGUUAAUGGGACCAUUAAUACGAGCUGGAAUUAAUCCUAAUGAUUGGUUGGUGUCCAUAUUUUGUGGUGGAUUUGAGGUUUGUACAGUUUAUUGUGGUGUUGGUCAAGCGCGAGUUGGAGUUGUUUCAAGAGUAUCUGCUCAGCGACCUGGCACUCGUUUUCAUGUACGUGGAAUAAAUGAUAGUGGCGAUGUUGCUAAUUUUGUUGAAACAGAACAGUUCAUUUAUUUGGGGGAUUCAGUGUGUAGUUAUAUUCAACUACGUGGUACAGUUCCACUAUUUUGGGAGCAACCAGGUUUACAAGUUGGUUCACAUAAAAUUUCACUUAGUCGACCACUUGAUAUAUCAUUAAGCGCUUUUGAACGUCAUUUUAUGAAUUUGAUGUCACAAUAUGGAUCAAUUGGUAUUGUUAACUUGUUAGGUUGUAAACAAGGUGAAGCAAUGCUUAGUAAGUCUUAUCAAGAUCAACAUAGGAAGUCAUCUUUUAGAAAUAAUAUUCAUCAUAUUAUAUUUGAUUAUCAUUCGGAAUUACAAUCGAAAGGUGCAAAAAGUUUGGAAUGGAUAAAUCAACAAAUUGAUCGCCUCAUAAGUGAAUGGGGAUAUUUCUAUUCAAAUGGUCAACAAGUUGAAUUGUGGCAAAGUGGAGCGCUACGAAUUAAUUGUGUUGAUUGUCUGGAUAGAACAAAUGCUAUUGAAACACUUGUUGGUGUUCAAUUAAUUCUUCCUAAAAUGUUAAACAGUUUAGGCAUAAAUGUUAAUGAACAACCUGUUUUAGUAAAUCGUUUUGUUGAUGGACUGAGACAGUUAUGGCAACAAAAUGGUGAUCAUGUUAGUCGUAUAUAUGCUGGAACUGGUGCGUUAGGUAGUGGUCGAUCAAAGCUACGAGAUGCUCAAAGAACAGCUGUCCGAACAAUACAACACAGUUUUUUUGAUAGUGCUAAACAAGAGGCUAUGCAUGCACUUUUAACUGAUUCAAGUUUACAAGGUUGGAUGAAGCUUGUUGGAGAACAAUAUCUCCCUCGAAGGCUAUUACACCUACCUCCUACUUUAUUAACUAAUAUUUUACAUCGUUAUCCAGAAUUUAUCCAAAUUCAUAAUCUACGUAUAUUUAUUGGCACUUGGAAUGUAAAUGGUGGUAAACACUUUCGUAGUGUAGCGCAUAAACACGAGUCUGUUACAGAUUGGCUACUUGAUUUACCUCAAACAAUUAAUAGUCAAAAUGAUUGGGGUUAUAAAAGUCAUGAUAUUGAUUUGAGUGAACUGAAUAAACCAAUGGAUGUGUUUGCUGUUGGUUUUGAAGAAAUUGUUGAUUUAACUACAUCGAAUAUUGUUGCUGGGUCGAAACCGUCAGCAAAUCAACGGGAUUGGGGACAAUUCUUACAACGUCAUUUAAAUCGAGACGCUAAUGAACGUGAUUCGUACAUACUUAUCACAUCAGUCCAAUUAGUAGGUGUUUGUUUAUUUCUAUUUGUUCGUGCGCGUUUGGCUGAUUCACUUCGAAAUGUAGCAACUUCAUCAGUUAAAACUGGUCUUGGUGGGACUGCAGGCAAUAAAGGUGCUGUUGCAAUACGAUUUCAGUUGGGUGCCACUUCAAUUUGUUUUGUCUGUAGUCAUUUUACAGCUGGUCAAUCGGCUGUUCGUGAACGUAAUGAUGAUUUUCAAGAGAUAUGCCGUCGCCUUAGCUUACCAAAUGGACGUAAUAUUCUAAGUCAUGAUUAUGUAUUUUGGUGUGGGGAUUUUAAUUAUCGUAUUAAUCUAUCAGGAAAUGAAGUAAAACGUUUGGCUGUGCAAUCUGCUUGGCUUGAUCUCUUGCGUUCCGACCAAUUAACAAUUGAAAAACAAGCUGGGAAUGUUUUUCGUGGAUUUGAAGAAGGUCCAAUUCGUUUUGCACCUACAUAUAAAUAUGAUUUAUUUUGUGAUGAUUAUGAUACAUCUGAGAAAGCUCGUUCUCCAGCAUGGACUGAUCGUAUACUUUGGCGUCGUGUAAAACUUGCAUUUCCUAAGACAGAUGAAGACGGCAUUGUUUGUAUGCAGAGCGAUUCUCCAGAAAUAAAAUGGAAUCCAGGCCAGCUAUUAUUGUACAACAGAGCGGAAUUAAAAACCAGUGAUCAUAGACCUGUUGGGGCGAUUUUCGACAUUGAAGUUCAUGUGAUUUCUCGACAAUGUCGACGUAAAGUUAUAUCCGAAGUUAUCGAAGAUUAUGGUCCAAUUAACUCAGUUGUUCAAUUGGCAUUGAAAAUUUUUGAAAGAGACUCAAAACAACAAAUAUCAGAGAACAUUGUACCUCACCUUUUCAAUGAUACUAAUUUCCUAGAAGAUAUAAAGGCAAUCGGAUCUUCAAAGCGUGGAACAAUUUUACUCGUACACUUCUUAGAUCCAUUAACUAUACUAUUAGUUUAUAUGAACUCAAAACAAGCAAGUAUAGCCGCGAAAUUUUUGGAUAAUUACAUUCUACCAUUGAAUUCUUCAUCAAAUAAUCUACCAACAAUCUCUGGUGGUUAUGAAGUUCACUUAUCUACUUUCUUAUACGGAUCUACGAAUUGGUUGGAAACCAUGCAAAGAUUAAUUGAAAUUUCAGAACGGGAAGAAGCUAAUAUGCAUGGUGGUCAAAUGACUGCGGAGAUAUUCGAAGCCUUACCUUCAGCCAAGGAUGUUAAAAGACGGCCUGCUAAAUUCUAUGAUGAAAGUAACCAGGCAUAUAUCAGUGAUAAUGAAGAUGAUGAGAAUAGUGCAACAACAACACCUAGCGACACACAAUCCCGUACUCGGCCACCACCUCCGAGACCAGCGCCACCAGUAUCUCGAAGUCUUUUCAAAGAACAAUCUGAUUCAUUUGGAAAUUCUAAUGAUUAUCAGAAAGUUGAUUCAUCUAAUUCAUUAUCUCAAACUGAUUCAGUGAUAAAAAUAUUUACAUCUUCAAAUUCUGCAACUACAUCGCCUGUUCAUAACCUAUCAGCAAAACUAAACAGUACCAUUCCAAAUGAACUUUAUAUAUCAUAUGAUAAUGGAUUGCAUACAGUGAGCAGCUGUGUAGACUUAAACUAUAGAGAUGAUAGUUCACUAUUAAAAUUCGAUAACAAUGAAACGAAUCGUAUAUCAUCAACUAUUGACUUGAUUGGAUUUGAAAUUGAGAGGAUAAAUCCAUGUUCUAUCAACACAUCACCUGUCAACUUGUUGAAUUCAUGUAGUGUUGUUCCUCCACCCCCGUUACCUCCAAGACCUGAUCCCAUGACUUUAUCAAAGUUUGAGCACUUGUAAGUUAUUCCCUAUUUCUAAUAAUUUUCUUGUCACUACUUUUAUCAAUGUUUUUGUUAAACAGUUUGUAAUUAGCUGGUUAUCUUAUACAUUUUUCAUUUUUUGCGAUAUAGAUCACCACUUUUUAAUUUUCAGUAGUUAUUUGAGUUUUGAAACAAGAUUGUCUUUAUGAAAAUAAUUUUCGUGUGCUAAAAUAUUCUUUCAAUAUCCUUUAUAGUAUCACUAUCAUGUAGUAUUAUGGUAAGUUUAUGUUCCUGCUUUUAAUCAGGGUUCAGUUAUCAGUGUCUGAUAUUGAAUUAACUUUCUUCAUGGUUAAAUCUGAGCAACCAACAGAACAUAACACUUUUCUCAUAUCUUUAUAGGAUUACUAAGAAAUGAGUUCAGGACGGAAGUUUUCCUUCAUAACUGGUUAAGCUAAUAUCGAUCGUUGAGAUAGUGUUUGACGUUUUAGUGAUAAUGAUCAAGUGACUGAAACUACAAAUGUAUGUCCAGCUUUAAGGGCUAACUUAAUUUGGCCAUUUUUAAGUAGACAAGAUGAAUGCGGUGCAAGAGGAAUAGGUAGUCAUACCUCAUGUCUUUUAAAAAGAGAUAUCAACAUUACUGUGAAGUACUGUCAGUUAUUUACUUUGCUAGUAUACUGUCUACUUUCUUCCUUCUGAUCUACAAUGGAAGGCAUAAGUAUGAGCAAUCGAUUUAGUUUUCUCAGUAUUGAAUUGAAGAGAAAAACAGAUAGACUGAAGGGAGUUUAAAAAGUUUGUAUUUAGGUUAGUUUACCUAAAACUUAUCAUCUUUUUCUUUGCUGUUUCCUUGUGUAUUAUCUGUCAAAGGUUCUAUUUACAAAUUCUAUGAUAUACGAUAUCAAAAAGCUGUUUUAUCGCUGAGCUUAAAAAUAAAUUGAUAUAGAUUUUAACAAAAGUUGCUUAAUAGGGUUGUUUUUUUUUCAUCUUAGAUGAGCUUUCAGUUCUUAGUUUUCCACAGAACUUAUGCCUUAUCGUGCUUGAUUUACGGACGUAAAGCAUACUGUAAUCGAUGUGUACGCAUUACAUGAAAGAUAAGCCCUAGAUUUAAGCAAGUCGCGCAAGUAUGGAGUUUGCGAUAUUGAUUAAAAGACCAGAUAUUUUGUACUGUAAGCUAGUUAUAAUAUCUUAAAUCAAAUCAGAAGGAUUGACUAACAAACCGAUAUGAAAACUUUACAAAAGUUCUAAUUGCUACACCUGCGCGAUUGCUACCGAUUUUGAGCCAUAUUAUAUUUUCAAACAUUGUUUCCUAUUGUUAUGAAGACACCAGCCAAAACGUCUACGCCUACCUGUACAACUCAAAAUGGCAGUCAUAGUAUUCAUGAAAUAAUACAAAUUCUUGAUCUGAUUACCCUUAGCCUUCCUCCCACCCAAUCCUUUUUCAUCUUGCAUCGCACGUCCGAGUAGGCAUUGGCUCAGCUUACACAACAUGUGUCCAAGCUAGGUCAGUUGGUGAAGGCUCUCAACUUCAUGCCUUGCUCACCUAUUACUCUGCAUCUAAACUCGACAUUACGCAUAUGGUGGUUCCACCAUACGUAACCAACGCUGCGAAUGUAGCUGUAAUAAAAGGCCUGGAAUCUUUUCAUAUCUUUUUUCUCACCGGUCAAAUAUCCUAGCCGUAUAAUUAGCAGAGCGGACUACAGUGUAGUACACUCGUCCUUUAUUAGUUAGACUUGUCAAUAUCAUAAGAGAUGACACCAGUUGGCAAACUCCAAACGGGCCUUUUUUACUUGCCCUUGUUUUCGCUGCCAUUUAAACGCAAAUGUACACGUUUGGACACUGAUCAAUGUCCAGAAAGGCUCUACAGAAAGAUCGCCAAUUCUCUAUCAAUCCUCUCCAGUGAUGGCUUAUAGCAAUAUGAUCUGUCUGCGUUCAUCAUUGGUCUAACGUCAGUGAACGUCAAGUGAGACAUAGUCUUUCACUAUGGCUGGUGUUGUUGCUGGUCGUUAAAGUUGUUUCUAUGGGAUAUCUGAAAUAGAAAAGGGAAUAGUUCUCUGUGAUUACAAAGCCUCAAUGGACAUCUGCUGCUAACCUGUGAUCCACAGCUUUUCUGGAAGUCUGAGAUUGAACUUUGAUUGUCUAAAAUUCAUCUGUGAAGAAUAUACUGUCAGCAUAGGAAUAUCGCAAGGUAAGAAAAAGUGCGCUUUUUUGACGGCAACAUUUUAUAGCUCUUUUUUUCAUCAGCAUAAUCUGCUGGUCAUGUGUGAGAAACUUCUCACCCACCUAGCAUUGUUACUUCGUCCUUCGCAGUUACUUACACUAUGAUGGUAACUGGUUUUUUGUUAUACCACUAUCCAACAAAUUUUUCUGGUAUAGUAGGGUGGCAAAAAUCAAAUGUGUCAACAAAUAUAGAUCAUUGGAUCGUUUUGAUAUGCAAGACUGACUACCACGUCAAGGGUGCAACUAUCAGUCAGUAGAAAGGACGAGAGAGUUGAUCGACUUGUUUAUAAUUUUUUGCCAACCUCUGCUUCUUGUAAUGUAUAAAAUUUGCCUCUUUAUAAUUUGGUCAAAAACACUAUACAUCUUUCGCCAACUCAUUGUUGUGCUUGUAGAAUAAAAUGAUAGAACUAGUGUAUAUAUUUGUGCAUAUUUACUUGUUCAUAAUUCUCUACUGAAUAACUUUUCUUUGAAAAUCGAUUGCAGUAUUAUUCGUUAUGAUUGAGAAAACUUAUACAUUUUUUCAAAGUGUUUUCUAGGUUUCACAAGUUUAGAAUUGAAAUAUUGUUAUUGUUAAACUGAUUAAUUUGAUUAUGUUCAAGGAAACAUUGGUAUAUUCUCGGUAUUUGCUUCAUUCUUUUAAAUUACUGAUAACUGAUGAAUCUGAGUAAUCGAAGUACUUUAAGUUACUGAUUUCAUAAAUAUUCUUCUGGAUUUACAGAUGCUAGUUUUGAUUACUGUAUAAAUUUUUAUUUUGGAAAAUUUUGUAUUUGUAAACGUUUAGUGUCGGUUGAUAUUUUGUCGUUAAUUGACUAUAGAAAUGAUGUUAUCGAGACAAUAAAACUUCAUGAGACCAGUCAUUUC